GGGGAAAGGGGUUGGAUGUUUUGAUUAAUAAUGUGGGGGUUGCGGGUUUACUGUUGGGGGGUUGGGGAGAUGGAUGACCUCUCCGAACACUUCACAACCAAUGUCCUGAGUGCGCAUUUGACGACCAGGAAUUCCCUCCCUCUGCUGGAGAAAGGAACUGAGAAGAAAAUUGUAAAUAUGUCCACAACCCUCGGAUCCUUCGGUCUAGCAUCACAAUACACAUGGGCACCAUCACCCGCGUAUAAGAUCACCACAGCCGCUCUGAAUAUGUUGACUGUCCAGUACGCAAACGAUCACGCGGAGAAGGGAUUCACGAUCGUGGCGCUUAGUCCGGGUUGGCUUAAAACCUAGCUCGGCGACGGCGACAGAACAGACCUCACAGUUGAAAUCGGCGCCAAAGCCGCACUGGAGAGGAUCUUCUCAGCUACCAAGGAGAACAGCGGACAGUUCUUGAAUAUCAAGGUAGGGGGGUGGGAGGAUGUCGAGGGGCCGAAUAAGUAUGAUGGUUUGAAUCCACCUUGGUAAUUGAAGCUUUGUUUGUGGGAAUCUGAGAAAGCUCGCUUGACGUGCUAAGAUGGGAAAGGAGGAUGAUGGGGAUGAUAGAG